AUGUGUGUAAAUAUCACAUGGGGACAAGAGAAGCAGGAGCUUGGAAUGGGGCCCAAUUUGCUUCGUCAGACCCUACUGGAGAUGGGCAUGAUUGAAUUUGAUGACAGCGUUCACAGUGAAUCACAAUGGAGUUUGUGGUGGAAAGGCUGCCGAUUCAAAGAAGAGGAGCUGCACUCCCUGAAGGAAACUCAACGCGUCAAUCACCAUCCUGCUCCCCUGGGGCGUCAAGCAGACAUUAUCCAGAAAGACGGGUUAUUGCGCGCGAUUCGCCGCAUAGAAGAGGGGCAGUUUGUCGCCACAUUCAAACAAACCGCUCGGAAUAUCAAAAAGAAGCUGUCUUCAGCAAAGCGGCCCUUUAAUCAUGAAUGCGGAGAAGAUGAUAAAAGCAUUCUACUUACAGAUUCUCAUUGGUUAUCGUCAUCAACAACAACGUCAGAAGAUGCAGGGAACGAGUACACCAAUAUCUGGAUCUUAAAACCGGCUGACCAAUCUCGGGGAAAAGGAAUUUUCCUGUUUGACAAAUUGGAAGAUUUAAUAUAUCUCACGAAAUCUGUCGUUCAGCGAUAUAUCACGAAUCCGCUUUUGAUUUCCGGAUACAAAUUCGACCUACGAUUGUAUGCUGUCGUGCCUUCCUAUGCGCCAUUUAUUGUUUACAUCCAUGCAGAUGGCCUUGUCCGUUUUGCAACCGAACGUUUUGACCUUGGAAAUUUGAGCAACGUUUACUCUCAUCUGACAAACUCUUCGAUCAAUGUGAACGGUCCGGAGUAUUUGGUCAACAAGGUGAAUUGA